UCCCGACGCGCCCGGGUCUCCGCCCGCAGCCGCGUGAGCCCGCCGGGCUGUGAAUGAAAAGCAGGCGCGGCCGUGGACUAACUGCCAGCGACGCGACGACGCCGGCCUCCCGGGAGGCGCGCUCCCCGCGGAGAUGUACGGUGUGUGCGGCUGCUGUGGUGCCCUUCGUCCCAGGUACAAGAGGCUGGUGGACAAUAUCUUCCCUGAAGAUCCUGAGGAUGGUCUGGUGAAAACCAACAUGGAGAAGCUGACCUUCUAUGCCCUCUCAGCUCCAGAGAAGCUGGAUCGCAUCGGUGCCUACCUCUCCGAGAGGCUCAUCCGAGAUGUGGGGCGCCAUCGCUAUGGGUACGUGUGUAUCGCCAUGGAGGCGCUGGACCAGCUGCUCAUGGCCUGCCACUGCCAGAGCAUCAAUCUCUUCGUGGAAAGCUUCCUGAAGAUGGUGGCCAAGCUGCUGGAGUCGGAGAAGCCCAACCUGCAGAUCCUCGGCACCAACUCAUUUGUGAAGUUCGCCAACAUUGAAGAGGACACCCCGUCUUAUCAUCGGAGCUAUGAUUUCUUUGUGUCCCGGUUUAGUGAAAUGUGCCACUCAAGUCAUGACGACUUGGAAAUCAAGACUAAAAUCCGAAUGUCAGGCAUCAAAGGCCUGCAAGGGGUCGUGAGGAAGACGGUGAAUGACGAGCUCCAGGCCAACAUCUGGGACCCACAGCACAUGGACAAGAUCGUCCCAUCGCUGCUCUUCAAUCUGCAGCACGCAGAAGAGGCAGAGAGCCGGUCUCCCUCGCCCCUCCAAGCACCGGAGAAGGAAAAGGAGAACCCAGCAGAGCUGGCUGAGAGGUGCCUGCGGGAGCUGCUGGGCCGGGCAGCCUUCGGCAACAUCAAAAACGCCAUCAAGCCUGUUCUUAUCCACCUGGAUAACCAUUCUCUUUGGGAACCCAAGGUGUUCGCCACUCGUUGCUUCAAAAUCAUCAUGUACUCAAUCCAGCCGCAGCACUCCCACCUGGUUAUCCAGCAGCUCCUGAGCCACCUAGACGCCAACAGCCGCAGCGCGGCGACUGUGCGCGCAGGCAUCGUGGAGGUCCUAUCGGAAGCUGCGGUUAUCGCCGCCACCGGCUCUGUCGGGCCCACGGUGCUGGAGAUGUUCAACACCCUGCUGCGGCAGCUGCGGCUCAGCAUCGACUAUGCGCUCACCGGGAGCUACGACGGUGCUGUCAGCCUGGGCACCAAGAUCAUCAAGGAGCAUGAGGAGCGCAUGUUCCAGGAGGCAGUCAUCAAGACCAUCGGUGAGGAGACUUGGGCGGCCCUGCCGCAUCCAACUCUCACCAUUUUGUUUGUUUCCCUCCAGGUGAUAGAGACCAGGAAAAAGGAAGCGCCAUACAUGCUUCCCGAAGACGUGUUCGUGGAAAGGCCCAGGCUGUCUCAGAAUCUAGAUGGCGUGGUGAUAGAGUUUCUCUUCCGCCAGAGUAAAAUCAGUGAAGUCCUGGGAGGCAGUGGCUACAAUUCGGACAGGCUCUGCCUGCCCUACAUCCCUCAGCUGACAGAUGAAGAUCGUUUGUCCAAGAGGAAGAGCAUUGGAGAGACCAUUUCCCUUCAGGUAGAGGUGGAAUCGAGGAACAGCCCAGAGAGAGAGGAGCGAGUGCCUGCAGAGGAGAUCACCUAUGAGACACUGAAGAAGGCCAUUGUGGACAGCGUGGCGGUUGAGGAACAGGAGCGUGAACGGCGACGACAGGUGGUAGAGAAAUUCCAGAAGGCGCCCUUCGAGGAAAUUGCAGCUCACUGUGGGGCCCGGGCAUCACUGCUGCAGAGCAAACUCAACCAGAUCUUUGAAAUCACCAUCCGGCCCCCUCCAAGCCCUUCAGGGACCAUCACUGCUGCAUAUGGCCAGCCACAGAACCAUUCCAUCCCUGUCUAUGAGAUGAAGUUUCCCGACCUGUGUGUGUACUGAAUUCCAAGAGACAGAACUCCUCAGAGGACACCGGGAGGACCGCCCUCCUACCCACUCUCACCAUGUGGAAACCUAACCAGGAGAGCAGAGAAAGUCACCUUGGACAGUGGCUCCUCCCAAGUUGAGCAAAGAUGGAACCUCUGGUCCUCCGUGGCCCUCCUGCCCUCUUCUGGUCUUCUGUGAGGAAGAUCCAGCUUCCUGCCCUCUGGGGCUAAGCUCCUCAUCUGUCUUUCCUUUCAUAUCAGCCAGGGACAGAGAAUCAUGAGGGUGUCUCCCUUGAGACACAAGAUGGGCCUGGCAAGCUUCCAUUGGGAAUGUGUCCGGGAGGGAGUGUCAGACACCCCAGGGGAAGGAGCCUGAUGAAGGCACCGAUGGUCUAAGAAAGCCAGAGAUGGUGCUCGGGGAAGCUGAGGAAAGCCCCCUCAUCAAAAAGUGACAGUGUAAGAGCUGGACGGAGAUGUGUGCUCCCACCUCUUAGUCCUGGUGUCUGGCGGAGCCUCUUCUUCACUUUCCAAUUGUCUGUUUCUUUUUCUACUAUUAAUGGUUGCUGAGCACUUACAGAAGAAGCUGGGGUAGAGAGGCUGGCGGGAGAACAACAGGCUGGGGACAGAGAGGGCCUGCUUCUUCCCGGGCUUGGUGGCAGCAUCGGCAAAGCACAAGUGUGGCAAGUUGCAUCUUCUCAGCUCCUCUGUCUGGAGGAAGCUUGUGACAGAUCUUCUGCGGUUCUCUCUCUGCUGGGUCUUUCCCAGGUUGCUAAGUGUGUUCCCUGAUACCUUUCUUCCAAAUGUCCCACAGUGUUUCCACAUCCUCUGGGUUGAGAGACAGCUGAGCAGGCUAGCUGGUCCUAGGUGACUGGAAAGCGGGGAGGAAAUGCCAGGGGCCUUGAGGCCUGUCCACAUCACUUCCCAUGGAGGAUGCUUGCAGCAGGAAUGUGUGUGUGUGUGUGUUUGUGUGUGUGUGUGUUGGGAUUAAUUGAACAAGUGGCACUUUAGGAUUCAAGGAAAGAGAUUUAACAGCUAGGAUUGAAAUGAUAUUUUCCCCUCUGGGCCAAGUCUGAGACACUGAGGAUAAUUGGCUUUGUUUGUGGUCUGGGUAGAAGUGGUGGAAACCCCUUUGCUUCCAUUUUCCCUGUGUACCACCUACCUGUGUUUAUGUGGCUCAUGUGUUCUGGGAGCACUGACCCAGGGCUGGGUGGAUGACCCUUUCCUGGUGCCCCUCUGGGUGUCUUCAUGCCUCCCAGGAUGCCUCUGGCAGCACCCCAGGCCUCUUCCAGUGGGAGUCCAUGGUCCAGGACAGUUCUUUCUUUCCCUUUCAAACUUCCUGUGAGUUUUCUGAGCUGUUUUCCUCUCAGGCCCAAUGCUGCUUCUAGGAAUUUUGCUUUUUAGGAAAAGGGAGUUGAUCUGUUGACUUGCAGGAAUCCUUUCUAGGGUGUAAUUUUAGGCCGUGUGACCCAGGACCAUAAAGGAGCCAUUUCUGCUAAGGAGGGUGUGGGCUUCUCAGGACACUCUAGACCACAGCCCUGGAUAUGAUCCUGCAUGGUGAAAGCCUGCUCACCUACUAGGACAGGUGGGGACAUUUUCCAGAAUUGGGAGGACUGGAACUCAUGUACUUCCCCAUUGCACAUACGUUAAACGUCACAGAUGGGACCUAUCUGACCCUGUCCCCAUAGAUUUUUCACUUCUAAUGUAACUCUUUCCCGUGGUCUCUGCACUGAGCUGUGAACUCACGGCUCCUGCAUGGCCUCCAUGAUCUCAUGUCCCUGAGGACGAGGCCGCCCUGACUUUGGAGCUAUGUGGUUGUCGCUCAAUCCAACUUUAUAAGCAUGGACUUCGGUUUCUCCUUAAUAUCUCUUUACUAAGAAGCCAAGUUUUUCGAAAAGCAUGAAGGCAAGUAACCCUUUAGCAACUAAGAAAAUCUAAGCCUUGAGCUAAAAACGUGUCUUUCUUCACCUGCCCACCACAUCUUUUAUGCCAGCUUGGCUUGGAUAAGAGCGCAUCAGUUUCUUUCUUGUUCCCAAGUGGCAUCAGUGUCCUCUCUGAGGUAGCUUGACCCUUGUUGUGGAUUGUGAGAGCCUCUUUCUUGGAGUCUCUCUAGAGCCAGGCAUCAGAAACAGAGGCCUUCACAGGCCCUGUCCCUCAACCCAGCCUUGGAAAAAGGGAACAGAGUUCCAGUUCUGCAGACUCAGCUGCUCCGCAGUCCUCCUCUGAACUUCCUUUGUCUCCAAACCAUGGCUGCUUAACAGGGAUGUGCUGCUUCUAGAGAGCGGGCCACACAUCUGUGCCCUCUUCUUAGUAGAUUUAAGUUUAUAUUCAGUAGGCUAUUGGGUUGCCUGUUGACAAGGAAUGGAAUCUGAUCCUGGCCAAGUCAGGAAGUCUAGAUGGUGGCCACAAGAGAGUCUGUCACUCCAUCACCAGGCUGGGGGAGGGACCCAGUGUGACUCUUGCCUCCCCAGCCUCUGGUGUCUGACAGCACUGUCCAUGCCCUGUUCUGUCGCCUUCUCUGUUGUAAACCAGGGCCAAAAGGAGCCAGCAAAGUCAUUAAGGCCAACUGGUCCCCACCCCACCAAAGCACCCAGGGCUCUGGCUUCAUAGGCCAGGGCCGAAGGGUGGCAUCCUGCUGACAGAAUCUAACAGGCGUGAGUGUGUUUUGAGGUCCAGAAGUUAAUUUGGUGGAUCAUCAACAAGUGUGAGAAGCGGAUUGACAGGAAAUGCCUUCCUUCCAGAAGCAGCUGCUGCCUCCCCUGUGCUGAGCCUGUUUCCUCUUUACUUCGAUCACUAGAAAACAAAUGGUUUCAUGCCUCCUCAGUAACCUCAUAAGAAAACCUAAAAAAGCAGGGGACCGUGAGCCUGGGACCAAGGACCUUGGUCUGAGCAGCCACAUCCUGCAUACUGCGGGAGUAGGAUCUGGAAAAGCCCUAAGGUUCCUCCGGAUUCUUGGGGCAGGGGGCACAGUGUCCACCAGCUGCUCUUCUGUUGUCCUGGGCUGCCAGCCUGCUUCCUAGAAUGCUGCUAAGAGAGUGGCUGGCUCUGUUUGGGGAUCUGGGGGGAAGGAACGCCCUAGCUGUGAGUCUGAAGGUUGUGUUUAGAAGCAGACUUGGAGGUGGGGAGGGUUGUAUCAGGCAGUGUCUGCUCCCCUUGACCUCUGGCAAGUAGAUUGCACUGAAACAGGGGUCUUGUCCUCUGGAAUCUGGGGGUAAGGUUCAAGGAAAGCUGUUGCCUCUAUCUCUCUAGUGUAAAAGUCUGCUUCCUAUGGCUCUGUAACCCAAGCUAGGUCUAGAUCUAGCCACUGCAGAAGGGGAGUCAUGGGAGGUCUUAUUCUUGAUCCCGGCUACCUGGGGGAGUGAGGAGGAGAAACCGUGGGGCAAAGGGAAAAACUUCAUGGCUAUGUUGGCUGCCCUCUGGCACCAGCCUGGCUCCUUCAGGGAGCAUAGGUUCUCCUGAGCCCAGCACUUGCCUUCUUUUUUGGGGGGGAAGGGGUGCUCAAGACAGGGUUUAUCUAUGUGACAGCCCUGGCUGUCCUGGAACUCACUCUAGACCAGGCUGGCCUGACAACUCUUGAGAUAUGCCUACCCCUGCCUCCCGGAGUAUUGGGUUCACAGUGUAGGCGGCCACUACCUGGUUUACUUGCCCUCUGAACUCCUCAUGGCUGUGGAUUCUGGUAUAUGGAAUAUAAAAUUGAACACCCAUAGAUGCUCCAGCCCAUCCAUCUCAAUGUGUCUGAGUUCUUUUAGACCUUCAUGACCUGGCUGAGUGUGUAUGUGCCUAUGUCAAUGCAUGUAUUUAAUGUAGUUUGUAGUUGCCAACGUUGUAUAUAUUAUAGCUGACUUAUUUAUAUGUGAGUACAGAAUUGGCACCUGUGGUAGCUUCCUGUAUUUUAACCUUGUUGAAUCUAAUUAGUUUUCCUUCCAGGGAGACAGGGGCCGGGGGAGAACCGGUGUUGGAAGGACUAUUCCAAAGUCAUUCUUUAAGACAUUAGCCGUGGUUUCCCAGUGGGCCUGCACAAUGCCCUUUUCAAAUAAAUGUUAAUGUUGUCACCAUA